AUGGUCCCCAGUGACCCUAUACGCUACAUCUAUGAUGAGAAGAACCAUGCCAUCCCCUACAACAAGGACAUGCCACUGAUAUUUAUCGGUGGAAUGCCUCGGAGUGGGACCACACUCAUGCGGGCAAUGCUCGACGCACACCCCUUGGUACGGUGCGGCGAAGAGACCCGCGUGAUCCCUAGGAUCCUUGCGAUGCGUUUUCAGUGGGAAAAAUCUGCCGUGGAAAAGAAGCGACUAAUGGAAGCUGGGAUGACAUCAGAGGUCAUCGACUCGGCCAUUUCGGCUUUUAUCCUCGAGGUUAUUGCCAAGCAUGGGGAGGCUGCACCCCGCUUGUGUAAUAAGGAUCCGUUUACUUUGAAGUCGAGUAUCUACCUGAAACAACUUUUCCCAAAUGCUCGUUUUCUCUUACUUAUACGUGACGGAAGAGCCGUUGUCCAUUCCAUUAUUACGCGUAAGGUGACCAUUACUGGUUUCGACCUGACCAGUUAUAGUAAAUGCCUGAAGAAGUGGAACCAAGCAAUGGAAUCUAUGUAUUCACAGUGCGUGCAAGUCGGACCCAGCAGGUGCAUGCCUGUCUAUUAUGAAAAACUUGUUCUACAUCCAGAGUUCUGGAUGCGGAAGAUUCUGGAUUUCUUAGACUUAGAAUGGGAUGAUAGGGUUUUACAUCAUGAAGAGUAUAUCGGGAAACCAGGAGGAAUAUCCAUAUCAAAGUAA